AGGAAACUCUCAUCCAUUCUUUGACAGUCAUGCACAGCUGCAACAUUGACCUGUUUGUGGUUCUUCUGAUUCUCAGAUGAGAUAAUUCUACCUUGGUUAAAAAUAAAAACGCCACCUCAAAAGACUUGCAUUUAAGUCCACCAUCCAUGGAUGACAGCAGUGCGUCAGCGCCUUGUUACUGGAGAACAAAACCCCUGGGGAAGGUGAGGCGACGGGUUCAAGACCUUCGCAUUUCUUCCCCCUCUUGCUAUGACUUCAUAGCCAGCAGAACGGCGUUGGACCUGAGCCAUAACGAGAGCGCCCGGCUGGCGGUGGACUCCCUGCUCAGCCGCGGCUUAGAGGGAUACCACGAGGUGUUGAACACAGAGGGAGAAGUAGACUUUCUGUCCCAGCUGGAGAAGCUUUACAUCUUGGAAAAUGGGAGGGAUGGAAAAACAGGUUCUGAUCCUGGUGCAUCUGAUGAAAGUGACACAGAGUUUGACAGUUUGUCUACUGGAUCCCAGUCUGUCACACAAUGUACUGCAGUGUCCACAGACAGCAAUCCCAUUUUGGCAAGUUUGGACCUGAGCAGCCAAAAAGAUGUAAAGCAGACUGACCCUGCCCUGGAUAGGCCAGAUGUUGAGGUUUAUUUUCAGUCUGACAACAGUGCAGCCAGCAUGAAAGACCUGGUCAGAGAGUUCCUCAGAAAGGCUGGAAUGGCCCUGGCCAUAGUGAUGGACAGCUUCAGUGACGUAGAGCUGCUCUGUGAUCUUCUGGAGGCGAGCAGGAAGAGGAAUCUGUCUGUUUAUCUGCUGCUGGAUCAUCUCCACCUGAACCUGUUCAUCAGCAUGUGGCAGGAACUCAAACUCAACAUCAAAUACUUUCCUAAACUGUCUGUACACAGUGUGGAUGGACAGACCUACUGUGCCAAGACAGGCAGGAAGCUGACUGGUCAGAUUGCUGAGAGUUUUAUCAUCUCGGACUGGACUGAGGUGCUGACUGGCUCCUACAGUUUCUCCUGGCUGUCCUGGCAGACCCAUCGUAGUCUUGCUGUUCUUCUAAAGGGCCGCGCAGUCACACCUUUCCAUCAGGAAUUCCUCCGGCUACAUUCCAGCGCCAAACCAAUCCCCGGCUUCGAUACUUUUAUCACAGUGCCUCGCGCUCUCCCUCUUUACACCACAUUACAUGCAGCUCAAAGCACUCACAAUGAUCCCAGUAAGUCAAAACCAAGCCAAAUAACAAAAUGCCCCAGGGCUCAGAAAGAAGAUGGUCAAGACACUCAAACAAAAGCAAAAAUACCGGUUUUAUCCAAAUCACAUGCAGAAUUGGAGUGCAGCAAGAGUAAGACCCAACUUCUACUCAGAGCAGGCGCUGGCACACAAAUGCAAGAAAAAUCUCUUAUUCAACCAGGGUCACUGCAGAGUGUUUCUGUGGGAGAGCAUGCAAUAGGAGCUGGCUUCACAAAGCUUGGACCACAAACACAUGUGGAGUUUCUGGAGAAGAAUCCCCCCCAGAGCCAGAGUCACUCAAACCCUCUCAGUCAGCCCCAUGUCUCAAAUAUUCAGUCUCACCACUUCAUCACCGCUACAGCUGAGAAGAAUGCGAGGGCUCAAGAGUCAAACCCUCUAUACACUGCUUCCCCAACACACGAUCAACACAGGAUUCUCAGCUAUCAAUCAACUUUCAGGACUAAUCUUGAGCAACAUUAUGUGGGUACUGAAGGUCUUUUCUUUCACCAAAGGAAUAGGAACAGAUUAACAGAGCAUCCUGGGAUUGGUGCAGAUCUAGACAAACAAAGACGACAAUGGAAUUACUCACUUAACUUUAAACCAAAGGCUGAUUUUCUAUCUGAUAAUCCCAAGGUCCUGCCUCAUUUCACAUUACAGCAAAAACAAGCAAAGACAGACCUGUGGCUUCCUUUAACCCACCCGACGGGACACACAUAUAUACUACAAACUAAAGUGUCCUCUCUAGGAACCAGGAGGCAAGAUCACCACCCGAGGCCUCACCAACCCUCCCUCCAGUUGCACCAAACCACAGAGGCUCCAGGUUCAAAGUCAGCGUCAUCAGCCAUGGGAGCUCAUCUUCAAGCUCAGCUCCAGUCAGACUCCAAGCUGUUCUUACCAGGUACAGGAGCCACACAACAUCUACACGCCCACACUUCCCAUCAGUCAAGGCCCUCUCCAAGACUGAACUGGAUGAGCCAGAGUCGCACUGAGAGACCCAGACCUGUGGCUCGCCACAGCUCCUUCAGCAGCACCUACGGGACGGGACAGCCAACGGACGGACAGGUGGGCUGGAGGCCGUUUCAUAGCAGCAUGAAUACAUCAGUAAGAAGGAGCCAGAGCAUGGCUCACAGACAAAUAGCAGGUCUUCAUCCAAACAUAACCAAGCCCUGACAGAAAUAUACAGACUAAGUUGAUCUUUAAAGUAUAUUCGACUAUUUAAACAUAUUAAAUUAUAUUAAAUGAGUGUACUGUGUAUACCGAAUUAUGAUUAUGACUGAUGUGUGAACUAUUUUUAAGCCAUCAACCUUUGUGGGAUUUGUGUGAAAAAUUAAAAAAGAGUAUAUUUCUUCUUUGAAACAAUUUUUUUUAUUUUUUGCGUAGUAAAUGUUUUUAAACCCUAAAAGCCUAUACAAUUGUGUCACAAAUGUGACAAUACAAAAAACAGAAAGGGAAACAUUUAUUAAGCACUGUGUGAGGUCUAAUGAGGCCAUUACUGUAAGGGAAAACUCCUGUGUGGGUGUAACGUGUGGGGGCUUCCAAUGUAAAGAAAAGAAAAUAAGUUUACAUGCUAUACCAUGACUUUUUUUAUAUAUUGUACUAUGACUCUUUUCUAAUUACUAUAAUAUGACUUCUUAUGACUUUUUU